AGUGCAUUGUGGGUCUUUCCCAAGAUGGCGGCGCCCUUGCUGAAGUGCUGAAGAAGUGUCUCUGGAGAAAUACUUGGAAUUGUUUGUCAAUUUCACGGCAACUAGCCUACGACAUUUGCCUCGUCGACACACGUUUGUGUCAGAAGACCACACGACAAGCGUCAUUGACAGCUCGAGCCUGACAGCGCGUGGCGUGGUUGUGGCAGAGUGUCCGUGUGAAGAUGGGCCUCGUCUCGAGCACCUUCCCAUAGCAAAGAGCAGCCGUGGGGAGAGAACCCGCAGAUUUCCCUGCAAACACAUACCGGUCGAACUUGGACCUGUCGGGUUCGACAUCGUUUACAAAUUGUGGACGCUACCGUACAAUUUUCUUUCAAGAAUUGUCUGUGCGACCGCGUCUAUAAUAGUCAGGAGACGGAGAGGUUUCCCACCCUGUAUCGAAGAGUAUUCUACCGCGCCAAGGGCCCUGAUGAAAAUGGACUCGGAACUGCUGCUCUCGCCGGCCAUAUUCCUGGCUGAGGAGGAAGAGGCGGACAUGAGCGACUGGAACCUGCCGCUGGCCUUCAUGAAGAAACGCCACUCAGAGAAGAUCGAGGGCUCCAAGGCCCUGGCCCAGAGCUGGAGGAUGAAGGACCGGAUGAAGACAGUGAGUGUGGCCCUGGUGUUGUGUCUCAACGUGGGCGUGGACCCUCCUGACGUGGUCAAGACGUCACCCUGCGCCAGACUGGAGUGCUGGAUCGACCCUCUGUCCAUGAGUCCACAGAAAGCCCUGGAGACCAUCGGGGCCAACCUGCAGAAGCAGUAUGAGAACUGGCAACCCAGGGCACGUUACAAGCAGAGUCUGGACCCCACAGUAGACGAGGUGAAGAAGCUGUGUACGUCCCUGAGACGCAACGCCAAGGAGGAGCGUGUCCUCUUCCACUACAAUGGACACGGGGUCCCCCGACCCACCGUCAACGGGGAGAUCUGGGUCUUCAACAAGAACUACACCCAGUACAUCCCUCUGUCUGUGUACGACCUCCAGACGUGGAUGGGCAGCCCCUCCAUCUUCGUCUACGACUGCUCCAACGCAGGCAUCAUCGUCAAGUCUUUCAAACAGUUCGCCCUGCAGAGAGAGCAGGAGCUGGAGGUGGCAGCCAUUAACCCCAACCACCCCCUGGCCCAGAUGCCUCUCCCCCCCUCCAUGAAGAACUGUAUCCAGCUGGCCGCCUGCGAGGCCUCAGAGCUACUGCCCAUGAACCCUGACCUCCCCGCUGACCUCUUCACCUCUUGCCUCACCACGCCCAUCAAGAUCGCCCUGCGCUGGUUUUGCAUGCAGAAAAGUGCCAAGCUGGUACCAGGAGUGACAUUGGACCUCAUUGAGAAGAUACCUGGGAGACUGAAUGACAGACGCACCCCUCUGGGAGAGCUCAACUGGAUCUUCACUGCUAUCACUGACACUAUCGCCUGGAACGUGCUGCCCAGAGAUCUGUUCCAGAAGCUCUUUCGUCAGGACCUGUUGGUGGCCAGUUUAUUCCGCAACUUCCUGUUGGCCGAGAGGAUAAUGAGGUCAUACAACUGCACCCCUGUCAGCAGUCCGCGCCUGCCACCUACGUACAUGCACGCCAUGUGGCAGGCAUGGGACCUGGCCGUGGACAUCUGUCUCUCUCAGCUGCCCACCAUCAUUGAGGAGGGCACCGCCUUCAGGCACAGUCCGUUCUUUGCAGAGCAGCUGACAGCGUUCCAGGUGUGGCUGACCAUGGGAGUGGAGAACAGGAACCCCCCCGAACAGCUCCCCAUCGUGCUGCAGGUCCUCUUGAGUCAGGUUCACAGGCUAAGAGCGCUGGACCUGCUCGGCCGCUUCCUGGACCUGGGGCCCUGGGCCGUCAGUCUGGCCCUCUCAGUAGGGAUCUUCCCCUACGUGUUGAAGCUGCUACAGAGCUCUGCGCGGGAGCUCCGACCCCUGCUGGUCUUCAUCUGGGCUAAGAUCCUGGCUGUGGACAGCUCGUGUCAGGCAGACCUGGUGAAGGACAACGGGCACAAGUACUUCCUGUCUGUCCUGGCCGACCCCUACAUGCCUGCUGAGCACCGCACGAUGGCUGUCUUUAUCCUGGCUGUGAUUGUCAACAGCUACACCACAGGCCAGGAGGCCUGUCUGCAGGGGAACCUGAUAGCCAUCUGCCUGGAGCAGCUCUCUGACCCUCACCCCCUGCUCCGUCAGUGGGUGGCCGUCUGCCUGGGACGCAUCUGGCAGAACUUUGACUCGGCCCGCUGGUGUGGUGUCAGGGACAGUGCCCACGAGAAGCUCUACAGCCUGCUGUCCGACCCCAUACCUGAGGUGCGCUGUGCGGCGGUGUUUGCCCUGGGGACGUUUGUGGGGAACUCAGCCGAGCGAACGGACCACUCUACGACCAUCGACCACAACGUGGCCAUGAUGCUGGCACAGCUCAUCAACGACGGCAGCCCUGUGGUCCGCAAGGAGCUGGUGGUGGCUCUGAGUCACCUGGUGGUUCAGUACGAGAGUAACUUCUGCACCGUGGCCCUGCAGUUCAUGGAGGAGGAGAAGAACUACCCUGUACCCUCAACUGCCAACACCUUAGAGCCUGGUAACCUGACUCCUGUGCGCGACAGCCCCGCCAUCCCUCGGCUGCGUUCAGUCAACUCCUACACCAACAUCCGAGCUGCCACCACCGCACGCAACCUCAACAAGAGCCUGCAGAACCUCAACCUCAACGAGGAGGGUGGUCCGGUGGCGUUCUCUCCAGGUAACCUGAGCACCAGCAGCAGUGCCAGCAGCACCCUGGGUAGCCCUGACAACGAUGAGUACAUCCUCUCCUUUGAGACCAUCGACAAGAUGAGACGAGUCUCCUCCUACUCCUCCCUCAACUCCCUCAUAGGGGUGUCGUUCAACAGCGUUUACACACAGAUCUGGAGGGUUCUCCUGCACCUGGCGGCCGACCCGUUCCCAGAGGUGUCCGACCUGGCCAUGAAGGUCCUCAACAGCAUCGCCUACAAGGCCACUAUGAACGCUCGGCCCCAGAGGAUCCUGGACUCUGGCUCUCUCACCCAGUCGGCCCCCGCCAGCCCCACCAGCAAGGGGGCACACAUCCACCAGGCAGGUGGUUCUCCCCCCAUGCCCAGUGCCAGCAGCUCCAGUCUGACCAACGAGGUGCCCAAACCCCGACACGUGGUGGAGAACAGCCCCCACGCGACCCCCUACACCCCCACGCUGGGCGGACGCCCCCACUCCCACCAGUUCCCCCGCACGCGCAAGAUGUUCGACAAGGGGCCCUCCGGCUCUGAACAGGUACCAGAUGACCCAGGAGGUCACAAGGCCUACAUGAAUGCCAACCUGUCUACAGGGCUGUGUGACUGGAGUGCCAAGUACUUUGCUCAGCCUGUUAUGAAGAUUCCAGAGGAGCAUGAUGUGGAGAGUCAGGUGAGGAAAGAGAGGGAGUGGAGGUUCCUGAGGAACGCCCGCGUUCGAAAACAGAGCCAACGCAUCACGCAGAGAGGCGUGACGCGUCUGGACGACCAGAUCUUCAUCAACCGUAACCCUGGCGUUCCCUCCGUGGUCAAGUUCCACCCCUUCAACCCCUGCAUCGCCGUGGCAGACAAAGACAGCAUCUGUUUCUGGGACUGGGAGAAGGCGGAGAGGUUGGACUAUUUCUACAACGGGAACCCUCGCUACACCCGCAUCACAGCUAUGGAGUACCUCAACGGACACGACUACUCCCUGCUGCUCACUGCUACAGAUGACGGGGCGUUGCGUAUCUGGAAGAACUUUGCGGACCAGCGGAACCCCGAGAUGGUGACGGCGUGGCAGGGCCUGUCCGACAUGCUCCCCACGACCCGAGGUGCAGGCAUGGUGGUGGACUGGGAGCAGGAGACGGGGCUGCUGAUGACUUCUGGAGACGUGAGGGUCAUCAGGAUCUGGGACACGGAGAGGGAGAUGAAGGUCCAGGACAUCCCAACGGGGGCCGACAGCUGUGUGACUAGCCUAUCAUGUGACUCACAGCGGUCCCUCAUCGCAGCGGGGCUGGGCGACGGCUCGGUCCGCCUCUAUGACAGGAGGAUGGGCGCCAACGAGUGUCGUGUGAUGACGUACCGGGAACACUCGUCCUGGGUGGUCAAGGCCCACCUGCAGAAGCAGACGGACGGCAAAGUCAUUAGUGUCAGUGUCGAUGGAGACGUGCGGUUCUUCGAGCUGCGGUCGCCGGACUCUGUGAACGUGCUGCAGACGGUGAAGGGGUUAACGGCGCUGGACAUCCAUCCGCAGGCCAACCUGUUCGCCUGUGGAUCGAUGAACCAGUUCAUAGCCGUGUACAACUCCAACGGUGACGUGAUCAGCAACAUCAAGUAUUAUGACGGUUUCAUGGGCCAAAGGAUCGGGGCCAUCAGCUGUUUGGCCUUCCAUCCCUACUGGCCCCACCUGGCGGUGGGCAGCAACGACUACUACAUGUCCAUCUACUCAGCGGAGAAGAGGCUCAGAUAACCCCAAACAACCCCCCUUGAACUUUACCUUUGACCCCUGACCUCUCUCCCCUCGGAGCCAGGAUGUAAAUGACUUCUAAUGUACAUAUGCAAUUGUUACCACCCCUGAAUGUCCUAUAGUGAUGGCUGCUGACAAACUCAUGUUAUGAUGUUGACUUAUAUUAUUAUUCUUGAUCGUUUUAUUCAAAUUCUUUAUUAUGAAGCUAUUGAUUGUAGACUUGGCAGUGCUGAGGAGCGUGUAUAUUUAAUUGCGUGUAUGCAGAGAUGAAUAAUAGGUCUAUUUUAAAGGUUCCAGCCUUGGCUGGGGGAGACGGGCGGUGUCGCUACCUGAAUGACCUCUACAUUUACCUUUCUAUGACCUCUAUGCAUCGGGGUCAAGAGGUUAUCGAGAGAUAGACAAUACCCUCUCUCACACACGACUCUGGGCCUGAAGGCUGUGGCUCACGGACACCCGCACAACCCUUAUUGAAGCCCCCCCCGCUGUAGCCAGUAGACUUGCUCUCACUGUUCGCUCACAAGAUGGCGGACUACGGGCGCUUCUGGUGUGUGAGAAAGUGAAAUGUAGAACAGAGCACAGAUGAGCCCAAAGUUGGCCCACUGCCUUGGACACAAACCCAUGCCCAUACAGAUGUCCACUACCAUGCUAUACUGUAGGACUAACCAGACCUCCUUGCAUCCCUGUGCCCUCGCCCAAUUGUUCUAAACUCACCAACCUUUGCCAUUCAUCUCCAUUGUCCUAUGCCCACAGGCUUACCCCGUGUCCUUAGUGCAAUGGGUGACUACUGCUCAGCUCUAAUCCCAAGACUGAUGCUACCUGUCUGCCCUACCUGCAAAGCAAUAAUGAAUUAGCUUGGAGCUCUCUACAGCCUCCAAGCUUCUGCUGCUCCAGACCCCCUGUCCCCCCCUGUCCCCCCACUCAUCGGCUGAACCAUACCCGCCUGAGAAGCCCCAGCACUGGGAGACAUGGAGCAGUUUGCUGGGGUCCUGAAGUAUCGAUUCCAGAGUCCUGGCUGAGGCCCGCUUGGCCCAUCCCCAGUCUUUCCUACAGACCCCAGCCAGAAGCACUCCCAGGCUGGACAAGAAGAAACACAGCGCCCACUGCAUCCCCGGGGGGGUGGGGUUCUGCUGCUACUUUUCUGCAUCCUCGCACACAGGCUUAUGAGGACUGUAAGAACUGUGUAUGGACUGUCCCCAGGCAGCCCUUUCCCCUGUGUGCCAACCUUCCACCUGCUAUCCGCUACACAUUUUGGAGAAAAGUCUGGCAAUUUUCUUCUAUCUUUGUUUGUUUUUUUCUUUUAACCUUGAUUUUAUUUGCCAGCCGUGUUUGGUUUCUUUUAGCGGAAAGGGAGUUUCAAGAAGAUUGGGAUAGAGAAGUUGGGUCAAAAAACAGGAGUGACUUCAGACCUUUGUGUAAUACAGUGCACUGGUAAAUACACAGUAACGCUCCAUAGCACUUCUUCAGUUCAGUGUCUUUGUUGUCAAAAGCCACAGCUCUCCUGUCAACCUCUAACGCUAGCUCAGGUACCUCAUGAGCCACGAGAUACCCCAUAAUACUGCGCCGUCUCUGCGUGGUAGACUCACAGAGGUCUGACGUUACUCUUGAUAUGACGAACUUAGGAUGGUCAAAAUCAGUUCAGUGAGUCCGGAGGUGCCUUUUUUUUUUUUUUUUUUUUUGUAACACGGGUUUACCCUUCUGGUCAACACUCGCUCCAAGUGCGGUAUCGCCAUUAAGGUGCCUCUAUUAGGGGUCGCUUUUUGGGUUUUCUCUGUAUUACCUUCCUGUUUUUCUUUGAUUUUUUUUUUUUUUUUUUUUUCCCACUUUUGUAAUUUUAUAUAUUUUUAAUUUGCUGGUGUUUGUUUUCCUUGGACCUCAGUGGGAUGGUGAGAUGGGAGAGGGCUGUUUCUCCCCCUUUCACAGACGCUCUCGCCCACACGGUGUCUCUCCUCGUACAGUACUUCCCCCCCCUGGACUCUCCCCUCACCUUUUUGCCUCUAAAGUCCUCAGCUUGGCUUUCACCCUAGAAAGGAAUGGACAAUAAUGCUUUGCCUGUGGACUGAACCGGUCACGGUAACCGGUAACACAUGCCAUGCAUUCAGCAUAAGCGGCUGCGCACUCUGUCAUAACCAAGCCUCACUACGCUCAGUAGCUCCCCCUGUAGGGUACGGAGGAGGUACUGCAGCCUUCACUGCUAUCACUGACACCUACAGCAAAAACCCCACAACGCUGUCUGUCAGCCAUGCUCAGAAUCACAUCUCUAGUUAUCCUGCUUUGAGUUUUAACAUUUUAGAUAUGGAAACAAAACUAAACUUUGAAGAUGUAGAAGGAGAAAUUAAAGCAAUCAGGUGUUUCUCUGUGACGGUAGACUGCUUUGCUGACUGGUUUAUAAGGCGGGAGAUGAAGUCAGUCAAAUAAACCAAAUACACAACAACACUAGUUUUCCUGGUGAUUAUUUUAUUAAAUUUUUUUGGUUUGUGUUUUCAUGUUUGUGUUAAUGUUCAUGCUCUCGUUGUGGAGUUCUACAUGUAUUGUGUAAAACAAAUGUGUCUGCUAUUGCGUCACAAUAUUUGUGUCGUCAUUACCAUAUCGGUUGAUCUGGAAUGUUUUCCUUAAAUAAAUAACACUUUUAUC